GGGUGGCUCGGGAGUCGGGACCUUCCCUGUAGAAUACGCUUUGAGUGGAUCUAGGUGUAUUUUGAGUCGACUCAAAACACGCCCAGGGGUCAGCUCGCGAGAAACAGGAGCAGAAGCGAAGGGUGGCUCGGGACCUUUCCUGUAGAAUACGCUUCCAGUGGAUCUAGGAGACCUCGGCAAGUUAGUCGGCCGGUUACUUGGAAGUUAGUCGCUCUAGGAGAACUUGGCAAGUUAGCCGGCAGGUUAGUCGGCCGGCGAUGGCCGAUCCACAGGGCGGCAGCACGUCUGGCCGGCUGAAGCUGUUCACGCGACGGCCGAAGAAGUCACGAGAAGCGGCAGGAGGCGGACUCCCCCAGCAGCCCCCCCCACAGUCCGCUCCUCGGGGCCUGUUGUCCCUCUUCAACUUCCCUGCAGCGCCACCAGCCGGCCUUCCCCCUGGGUCUUCAGGGAUCCCCCACGGGUCGUCAGUGGCGGCUCCUCGCCCUCCUUUUCUCUAUCGCAUGCGAGGCGCCUUUGGGUUUCUUCUCGCACUCAACCUAGUGCUGGGAGGCUACAUGUUGUUUCGGGGAAAGGCCCUACUGAAGGACGCAGCACGAAUGCCGGACACAGCUGAUCCUGACGACGAGAAACGGCGCGGGAAAGCCUCAACCGGAGAGCCUAAAAGGGACGAAGCACCUAACUCCGCAGAAACGCCAGCUGCUGCUGCUGCUGCCGCUGCUGCUGCUGCUGGCACUGCCGGUAGUGCUACUGCUGCUCCUGCUACUGCUGAAAGUGCUGGAGAAGCUUCCCAUGCAGCUUCCUCUUCCAGCCCUCACAGGACGACGUCUGAGAUGCAGUCAUGGGACAUGGAGGCGAUGGUCGGGCCGGCAGGUGUGACUAUAACGGGGGAAGGUGCUGCUGAUGGUGCUGCAGGGGAAGGGCCUGGGGUGUCUGGGUUGGCUUAUACGGGCGGGCAGGUGUCGAAAAUUGAUCUCGAUGGGCAGCUGGAAGUUUUGAAGUGGAUUUUGGAGGCGAAGAGGCGGGAGCAGCAUGGGGCGAGCCGGGAGGAGAGGAGGAGGAUAGACGAGCAGAAGAGGUUGCUGAAGGACUAUAUCAAAGCCAAGAAGCACUUGCCACUCAAAGAUUUGUGAGGAUUCUAUGGUAGCAGUAGGUAGGCACAAAGUAGGAGAAGGAAGGACUAAAUCAAAGCCAAGAAGCAUUUGCCGCUCAAAGAUUCGUAAGAAAGGGUUCUAUAACAGCGAUAGGUACGCACUGCAGGCUGUUUUGGGGGCAUCUGAAUGAAAUAUACCUAUAGUAGGAAAAAAAAAAUGCCCUGACGGUCAGAGCUAAAAAAAUUCUAAGUCUGAUUUGGCAGGGUAAAAAAUUUCGAAGUCUUUGCUUCAAGUGUAGAACUCUUUGCACCCUUUCUAGC